AAAUACAUAAAAAUGUAACAUUAAUUACCGAGAAAUCGGGGGUUUUGGUACUUGAUACACAAAGAUCACAAAAAAAUGGAUUUGAAGUUAGUAAAGAAUUCCCUCGAAAAACAAAACGAAGAAGAUGAUAAGGAAAAUGGUAAUCAGUCAACGCUUGAAUCCUUGCCUCACAGAUUCUUCGAGCCUUUCAUCAUGCAAGGAAUCAAGUUGGACAUUCUUGAACCUGGUCGCCUUAUUUGCUCUCUCACUGUUCCUCCUCGUCUUGUGAGCAAAGAUGAAAAUUCAAUGCAUUAUGGAGCCAUAGCAACCCUGGUUGAUUGGGUGGGAGCUUCUGUUGUUUAUACAAUGGGAGCUUCGGCAAGUGGGGUAUCAGUGGAGAUCAACGUUUCUUACUACGACACUGCUUAUGUUGGUGAAGAAAUUGACAUAGAUGCUAAAGCAUUACUAGUUGGAAUGGUAAUUGGUAUUGUUAAUGUCGAGUUGAGGAAGAAAAAGACCGGCAAACUAAUAGCUCGAGGACGACAGACAAUGUACAUGGCUGUGCCCAGUAAACUAUGAAUUGCUUUUCCAUCUUCCCCAAAAAAACUCUGCAGAUAGAGCAACAGAUAACAGGAGCAAGAUGAGAAAGAUGCUGCUUAUGUUUGCUCUUAGAGGUGCUGAACACUUCUUUCAUGAUAGUUCUGAACCCUUUUAUAGGUUACAAUAUCAUUUAAAGGAAUUAUAACUAUAAAUAUUCAAUAAUUUUUUAGAACAAAUUUGCCAACAAAUUAUUGAAUUCAAUUCCACUUGAUUAUAUUGAAAAAUUUUUAAUGCCAUUGAAGUUGUUUC